UGAACAAAACAAACCCAGCAAAAAGAAACAAUUCACUAACCUCAGAAAAUGGCUCGUGAUCUUCAAGUUCUUUUGAUCAUAUCUAUAGUUUUGAGCUGUUCUUUUGCUGCUUCUGCGACCGUUGAAGAAGCUAAUGCUCUUUUGAAAUGGAAGUCAACUUUCAAAAACCAGACAAGUUCUUCAAAGCUUUCUUCUUGGGUCAAUCCAAACACAAACAGCUUCUGUACCAGUUGGUAUGGUGUUUCCUGCUUACGCGGGAGCAUUGUACGGUUGAAUCUUACGAAUACCGGUAUCGAAGGUACUUUUGAAGAUUUUCCAUUCUCGUCUCUCCCCAAUCUCACUUAUGUUGAUCUUAGUAUGAACCGUUUCUCUGGAACGAUCUCUCCUUUAUGGGGACGGUUCUCGAAACUCGUGUACUUCGAUUUGUCGAUUAACCAGUUAGUUGGUGAAAUCCCACCUGAGCUUGGUGAUUUGAGUAACUUAGAUACUCUCCAUCUUGUUGAAAACAAGUUAAACGGAUCGAUUCCUUCGGAAAUCGGUCGGUUAACUAAGGUUACGGAGAUAGCUAUGUACGACAAUCUUUUAACCGGACCAAUACCUUCUUCUUUUGGAAACCUUACCAAACUAGUUAACCUCUACCUCUUUAUCAAUUCUCUUUCUGGUUCAAUUCCUUCUGAAAUAGGAAACCUACCCAACCUUAGAGAGCUAUGUCUAGAUAGGAACAACCUUACCGGUAAAAUCCCUUCCAGUUUUGGAAAUUUGAAGAAUGUAACUCUUCUCAAUAUGUUUGAAAAUCAGCUCUCUGGUGAAAUCCCUCCUGAGAUUGGUAAUAUGACCGCUUUAGAUACCCUUAGCCUCCAUACAAAUAAGCUAACCGGUCCAAUACCUUCUACCUUAGGAAAUAUCAAAACACUAGCCAUUCUUCAUCUUUACCUGAAUCAGCUCAGUGGUUCGAUUCCACCGGAACUAGGCGACAUGGAAGCUAUGAUUGAUUUGGAGAUAAGUGAGAACAAACUCACUGGUCCUGUUCCUGAUUCUUUUGGAAAGUUAACCGUGUUGGAAUGGUUAUUCCUCCGUGAUAACCAGCUUUCUGGUCCCAUCCCACCGGGCAUUGCUAACUCUACAGAGCUCACCGUCCUGCAACUCGACACCAACAACUUCACUGGUUUCUUGCCUGAUACUAUCUGUAGAAGUGGCAAGCUUGAGAAUCUUACGCUAGAUGAUAAUCACUUCGAAGGUCCUGUUCCUAAAAGCUUGAGAGAUUGCAAGAGCUUGAUCAGAGUAAGAUUCAAAGGGAACCAUUUCUCUGGAGAUAUUUCUGAGGCUUUCGGAGUUUACCCGACUCUCAACUUCAUUGAUCUCAGCAACAACAACUUUCAUGGGCAACUUUCAGCCAACUGGGAACAAAGUACAAAGCUGGUUGCAUUCAUCCUCUCAAACAACAGCAUCACUGGAGCCAUCCCACCUGAGAUUUGGAACAUGACACAGCUCAGUCAGCUCGAUCUAUCUUUCAACCGCAUCACCGGCGAGUUACCUGAAUCAAUCAGCAAUAUCAACCGUACAUCAAAACUCCAACUCAACGGGAAUCAGCUAUCUGGCAAAAUCCCUUCAGGAAUCAGUCUCUUAACCAAUCUUGAGUAUCUUGAUCUAUCCUCAAACCGAUUCGGGUUCGAGAUCCCUGCAACUCUCAACUCUUUGCAAAGGCUCUAUUACAUGAACCUGAGCAGAAACGACUUGGAUCAAACCAUCCCCGAGGGAUUAACGAAACUGUCUCAGCUACAAAUGCUUGAUCUCAGCUACAAUCAGCUCGACGGAGAGAUCUCAUCACAGUUCAGCUCUUUAAUAAACCUCGAAAGACUCGACCUCUCACACAACAAUCUCUCAGGUCAAAUCCCACCAAGUUUCAAAGAUAUGCUAGCACUAACACACAUCGAUGUAUCACACAACAACCUCCAAGGUCCAAUUCCAGAUAACGCAGCGUUUCGAAACGCAGCUCCAGAUGCAUUUGAAGGUAACAACGCCUUAUGUGGUAAUAACACAGCCUUGAAGCCAUGUUCAAUCACAUCCUCCAAGAAGAAAUCAAACAAAGAUCGAAACCUAAUCAUCUACAUACUCGUUCCAAUCAUCGGAGCAAUCAUAAUCCUCUCCGUUUGCGCCGGAAUCUUCAUCUGCUUCCGUAAAAGAACCAAACAAAUCGAAGAAAACUCAGAUUCAGAAUCCGGAGGAGAAACAUUAUCAAUCUUCAGCUUCGACGGAAAAGUCCGAUACCAAGAAAUCAUCAAAGCAACAGGAGAAUUCGAUUCAAAAUACCUAAUCGGAACCGGAGGACACGGCAAAGUCUACAAAGCAAAGCUACCAAACGCAAUCAUGGCAGUGAAAAAGCUAAACGAAACAACAGACUCAUCAAUCACAAAUCCAUCAACAAAACAAGAGUUUCUCAACGAAAUCAGAGCACUAACCGAGAUCCGUCACCGGAACGUCGUGAAACUCUUCGGAUUCUGCUCGCACCGCCGCAACACGUUUCUGGUUUACGAGUACAUGGAGAGAGGAAGCUUGAGGAAAGUUUUGGAGAAUGAUGAUGAAGCGAAGAAGUUAGAUUGGGGAAAGAGGAUCAAUGUUGUGAAAGGUGUGGCUCAUGCGUUGUCGUAUAUGCAUCAUGAUCGGUUUCCGGCGAUUGUUCACCGUGAUAUUAGUAGCGGGAAUAUUCUUCUCGGUGAGGAUUAUGAAGCGAAGAUCUCUGAUUUUGGUACUGCGAAGCUUCUUAAACCGGAUUCUUCGAAUUGGUCCGCCGUUGCUGGUACUUACGGUUAUGUUGCUCCAGAACUAGCAUACGCGAUGAAAGUGACUGAGAAAUGCGAUGUGUAUAGCUUUGGAGUUCUAACACUUGAAGUGAUCAAAGGAGAGCAUCCGGGAGAUCUAGUUUCAACUCUUUCAUCAUCUCCUCCGGACACAUCUCUGUCAUUGAAAAGCAUUUCCGACCACCGGCUACCGGAACCGACACCGGAGAUUAAAGAGGAGGUCUUAGAGAUUUUGAAAGUUGCACUUAUGUGCUUGCAUUCUGAUCCACAAGCUCGCCCAACAAUGCUCUCAAUCUCCACUGCCUUUUCUUAAGAACUUGUCCCUUCUCUGAGUCUCUCUACCAAGCCAAAAAAUUACACGUUGUAGUGUUUUUUUUAUUAUGGGUUAAUAUUUUUGUUUUAUGGAAUGUUAAUUUGAUGUGAUACUACUCUCUUUUGUUAGAGAUGAAUUAUACAAUAUUCUGUAUCUUUUGUACAUAUUGUAGUGUGUUACUCUCUUUUCUCUCACAUUAUAGAAACAAAAAGUAUGUCGCUUU